UUUCGUUCGCUGGAGUGAAUCGUUCAUCAACACUAUAAACUACAAACAAAGCAGCAAACACAUCACUUCAACAUCAACAAAUAUAUUUACGUACAUUCCAAAUAAAAAUCCGUGCUAAUGCACCAACAACGAAACUCAGAAUCGAAUCAAUAGAAAGCAGGCAAGAGCCAGCAACCAGGGCACAGCGAUCUAGCAGAAUUUUCCGGCGGACAAGAAAGUGGCACGAGCAGUUGGCGCUUUUCACACGCACAAGCCAGGUCGGAGGAGACGCAAUUGAACAUUUAACAGGGCCCAAUUCCAAUCACAAACAUGCUGUCACGCGUGCAGGACUUCUUGUCACGCCACCGUCGGAAGUUUAUCGUGACCGGAGUGCUUGUGGGUGGCGCCUACUAUGCGGCCCGGUACGCCCAACGCAAGCUGGUGGAGAUGCACGAGAAGCAGGCUCGUGAGAUGUUCGAGCGGACGCGGCGCACGCAUCACUUCGAGUCGACGGAAAAGACUUGCAACCAAGUGAUCCUGGGCAUGGGCGAGGAGAUGUGUGACGCUGUUCUGAGAGAGUGCAGCACAGACGAACUGCUCGAGCAGCUGCGUCAGAAUCCGAAAAACAAAGUGGAACUGUGGGAAGAGAUGAAGGUCGUGGCGUUCACCCGCCUGGCCACGUUUGUUUACGCCUCAUCCAUGCUGGUGAUUGCCCUCAGAGUACAACUGAAUCUCUUAGGAGGCUACAUUUACCGUGAUAUCACGACGGAGCAGACACGAAUCACCGAUGAGCUUAAGCAGCAGUAUCUCUCGCUCAUCCGACACUUCAUCACAGAGGACGGUAUCAGAGAUCUAACACGGUAUAUUCGGACUCAGGUAAUCGCAGUGGUGAAGUCGUCGAUGCCUCUCUCACGUCAGCUCUCCCUCAACGACCUGGAGCAGCUGUUUUGGUCUCUGCAAAUGGCCAUCAAUGCGGACACUCGUCGAGAUCCCAACUCCAAGAUGACGAAGUACCUGCUGCCCUCCCAGAGUUCCAGCUUCUCGCCGUUGCUCCAGCAGAUGUACAACGAGACGCUGGAUCUCCUGGAGAGCGAGGAUGCCAUCGGCGUGUGUUCGCAUAAUGUGACUCGAGGCUUUGUUUUGGCCUGCGAUGUCAUUGCCGAGGCCCUUGGCGAAACUCUGCAGCAUCUGCCCCCCGCAGAAGUGCAGAAGCAACCGGAGGCCCAGCAGCCCCUGAAGUUCAACCAGAGCGCCAGCAGCAGCCGCCUUUCCAGCAGCCAGACGGUCGAUAAUAACAACUUGCUCAACAUCAACACGGUUCUGAUGGCCAUGGCCAAGCUGAUACCAAUCAUCAGUGGGAUCACGUCAAGGGGGUAUGACAGUGCGGCCCGGACUACCAACUUGCCCACGCAGCUGCUCUCCUUUUACUUGGUGACUGAGAAGUCCAAGACGUUGGGUGCCAAUGUGUACGAGACCUUCAGUUCUGCCUAAGCUACGACGACUCCUCAUAUUAACAUACACACAUGCACACACACAUAUGCAUGUACAUAUGUAUGGAUCUUUUGUGAGCCUGGCUAUGACAUAUUUGGAACUCUACAUACAUGCAUACAUAAAUAUG